AUGAGCAGCCAGGAGCUUUUCCGGAACAUCAAGGCUCAAGAAAGCAUAGCUUACAAUAAAAAAGUUCUUCUGUACAUUCAGGAUGCAACUUCGUUAGGAAUUGGUUGUGGAGCGGGCAUCUUACAACUUGAAGGAUCUCGAGGCUUUGCGGCAUUCGUCUCGGGGUAUGCUGUUGUUGCUCUGUUGUUCAUAGCAUGGUUUUGCGGUUUGAGUCCCAAGAGGUUCUUCCAGAGCCCCAUUCAGGAGAUAUUUUUUGACUCAUUCUUUAGGGAGCUAAUGGGCUUCGUGAUGGCAUGGACCUUUGUGUACGCUCUGGUAGAUUAA